AUGGCUGUAAAUCCUCGUUACCUCCCGAGACAACCUCACCACGCAAGGUUCUCCUCCCGGCCUCUACGAUCCUCGUCCAUCAAGUCGGCGGGCGAUGGCAGGCGAACACUUCUCAUCAUCUACAUCCGUGGAUUCCUCCCAGCGCAUGUCCAUAGUCUCUCUACUACGGCGCUAGCAUCGACACAUUAUCUACACGAAAAUUUAUCUGCGAUACAAAUCCCGGAAGAAUAUCUCCUUUGCCCGAGACACAUUCAGCAAUUGGCUAUCCGGGAGACGAUAAGCUCUUUCAAUACCGCAUCUUGGGGCCUUGUUGCUUUCGAUAUUCCAUUCCUUGGUAUACAUCCUGGUGUGAUCGGCAUAUGGGUUGCCAGUUUGUUUCGAUCUCCGCCUGAGCUGGAGGAAUCGUUAUCUACGUCCAGCCCCGUUCAAAGAUCGUUCCUUGGAACCACAGGAUCCAACAUAUAUAAUCCGCCUUAUUCCAACGAUGUUCAUUUAGCCCAGCGGAAAGGCAAAGUCCAAAGACCAUGGUAUUUUUGGAACAAGUAUGCGGGGGAAUUGGCCAAAGUGAGUAGCAACUACGUUCCUUCUGACGUAGAAUUCGGAGGUCGCCUUGUUGACUACCCGAGCUUCAAGAAGCGUUAUAACGCCAUUCAGGCGUUGAAAAAUGUGAACGAAAUUAUGAAACCUCCGGCUCGAAAUGGCUGGCUGAUGAACCAAGAGAGGAUUGUAAAUUAUUAUCCUGCGAGCACAGGACCAAUCAAGGAGAGACCACGUCCCCGCGAAGACACCAAACUCGUCCGGAGCCUGCUGCCUCAGAGCGACAACCCCGGUCUUCGCGGAAAUCUUCAGGUUCUGGUUCACCAGCACUUUCGCCUCUACCAUUAA